AAUUCAGUUGCGUUCGUCCGUUGUCGAGGUUUGUUUGUCGCGGCGGUAAGGUUCGGCUUGUGUCUGAACUUUCAUCUCUUUACCUUCAUUAUUAAAAAAAAAAAAAUAAUAAUGCGAAUAAAAAUAUCUUUCGGUGCGUGAAGCUCCAACAUUCUCUCUCUUCUCUUUCUAUUCUUGAAAACAAAUAUACUUUCACAACAUAACCUGCUUCACAAACAUGGCUUUAGUAAACAAAAUCAAACUACCUUCAAUUUUGGGCAACCUUUCUAUGAUAUCAGCCCGUGGCUUUUCAGCACAACCAAUGCUCAGCCGAAAGGAGGAGACAAAAGAAAUCAUUAUAAAAUACCUGGAUGGCAAAGAUAAUGGAAUAGCAAUCUUGGGAUUAAACCGCCCUGAAGCUCGGAACGCCUUUGGAAAGGCCCUUGUAUCACAAUUUAAAGAUGCGAUUUCCACAAUUCGGCAAGAUGACAAAGUCCGAGUCCUGAUUCUCCGAAGUUUAGUACCAAAAAUCUUUUGCGCUGGAGCAGAUUUAAAAGAGAGGUUUAAAAUGGAAAUUUCCGAGGUGAAUCCCUUCGUUUCUUCACUUCGGGAUCUCAUGAACAAUGUAGAAUCCUUGCCAACUCCUGUUAUAUCUGCUAUAGAUGGUUCUGCUCUUGGAGGUGGUUUGGAACUUGCACUCGCUACUGACAUAAGAACAGCAUCAUCUGAAGCAAAAAUGGGUUUAGUGGAGACCAAACUGGCCAUUAUACCUGGUGCAGGAGGUACUCAGAGACUUCCCAGGAUUGUAGGCCCUGCGAAAGCAAAGGAACUUAUAUUCGCAGCACGUGUUUUAAAUGGAGAAGAGGCACACAAGAUUGGACUCGUGAACCAAGUGGUACCACAAAAUAAGGAUGGAGAUGCUGCUUACCAAGCGGCUCUUUCCAUUGCGAGAGAAAUUUUGCCAAAUGGCCCUAUAGGAGUAAAAUUAGCAAAAGUGGCGAUAAGUAAAGGAUACGAACUACCUAUUCAAGAUGGGUUUGAAAUCGAAAAAAAGUGUGUCUCCGAGAUUCUUGAUACCGAGGACAGAGCUGAAGGACUAGCUGCCUUUUCAACCAAACGAGUUCCUGUUUACAGGGGUCUGUAAAGAGACCGGAGAACUCUUUGCUCAUAAUUUUAAGCAUUUUGAACUUUUACACCCAAUUCUGUACUUAGAAUUAAACGUAUGUUU